CAGACAGGUUGAUAAGAGAAGCACUAAUAAGUCUCCUUGGGACUUACUGUGACAUUCCAACCACCUGAGCAGCCUCAAACAUCUACCAUUUAAAAAAAAAUUCUUGUCUGCCUCCCAAGUGCAGGAUUCCCCUUUACAAGCUUCUCCCCUGAAAAAAAUAAAUGAAAUAAAAUGAGCCCUGUUUAGGACCAGGAUGGGGAAGAUUCAGUCCUGCACCAGUAACAUCUUUUCUACAUAUUCACAUAUCUAAACUUCAAAGUCCAAUACCAUAUGCCCUGCAGGAUUUGAAAUUAGGGCUUUUCCUAUUGAAGAGGGGAAGUGAAACAUACAAGCAGUCUGCAGUGCCUAAAGUGUUAGGUGUUUUUUCUGAAUGUCUUAAGGUUUCUCUAUCAUAAUUUUCCUUGAGUAAUAAUUAUUUUUGCUCUUUAGGAGUGAAGCCUAUUGAAUUUACAGAGAAACUGUUGGAUAGAAAGAAGCACUAGGGCAAUAGUAGUACAGUUUGCCCUCUCUUCCCUCCCCCCCGCCUCCAACCUCUUCGCUAUGGUGUCUCUGCUGGCUGAAAUACCACCAUCAGGGGGCAUCAUUCUAUCCUCAUUUAUAGAGUCCAUUAGUAUCAACCAAGACAGCUCACUUCUAGAUUAUUGCGUCAUGGCUUCAGGGCUUGUUUUCCUGGGGCUCAUCCUCAUUAAUCUUUAUUUUCAACUGUUCAGAAUGAUUCAAAAGAGUCUCCUAGAGUACUGGCAGGAACCAUGGAACUGGCUAGAGUUCUCUCGUUGGACUUCGUUUUUUUUCUACUACAUAUUCUACAUUUAUCAUUUUGUUCUUGUUCUGAAGGGGGUACUCAUCACUUUUGCACAAGAUGCAAAGAAAUCCUUUCAAAAUUAGCUCUUGGUGACGUUGAGGGAAGUCACUCUCUGCACUUGUGGGAAGAUGUCCUUCAUUGGUCAACGGAAGCAAAAAUCAGCUGAUGGCAACUCUGUGCAGCCUGGCAGUAAUUUCUAUCUGGAUGAGUUUGAAAAUCUGACCAAUGAACUGCUGUUCAGAAUCAAUGCAUUUCUCCAACAGGCUUCACUGCUCCUUCCCUGCCAAGCCCCCCGUCCUCCCCCAUCCCCACAUACACACUUACAAAGAGGAGUGGGGAUGAAAAGGAUGAAAACCCUUUAAUGGCUCACUCUGAUUAUUCCGACAGUCAGGCAUCGGAAAGGCCAAAGGCAGUCUGAAUUUAGGUUACUCAACUGAACACAUUGAAAUCACUUAACGUAUUAGAUAAUUCUCCCCAAGGAAAGUACUCUGGGAAGUGAAAUCCUUAAUGUUCACAGUCCAGCUGUCAAGUGUGUGCACCCUUGUUUGCAAAGAGCUAUUUUUAAUGUAAC